AAGCCGCCCCACGUCAUAUAUAACACUUUCCUCACCUAAACCCUGUUCAUCUUUCUCUUUCAUCGUGCUCUCUUUUUUCUCUCUCUCGAUAUCGCUUGCAUUGUGUUCAUGUUGUGUUUGAAUACUACCAGAGAUAUGGAGGCAAACGAAUUCGAGCUUUAUAAUCAUCUCUCUCUUUGAAUCUACAGUUGAUUCCUCUUAAAUCCGCUGGUUUGCCUGUUCAUUUUAAUAUCAUAAAGUUCGACCUUGAAGUGGGCUCUUUUCUGGGAAAAUCUGAUAUCGGUUCUUGGUGACAAUCUCUGAAUUAGAUUCUUAAGAAAGAGAGCAAAACUGAAAGGUCUUUUAUCAGAUAUGCGCUGUGUCUUAAUGGUUUCCUCAGGGCCUCCAAUAAAAAAACGGUCUGGUUUGCGGAUUAAACAAGCAGGGAGAGGUUCAUAUCGGGGUAGUUAGCUGUAAUUGUUCUUUUAGAUUAUUUUGAUCCAAGUUAAUCUUUGCUGUAUUGGGUGAGUUUAUAAUAUAUAUUGAAGAAAUAAGAUAUGGGGACUACACCUUUAAGGAGGUUCCUACAGAGUCUUUGCAACAAUUCUUGCUGGAAUUAUGCUGUAUUUUGGAGGCUUCAGCAACAAAGCCAAAUACUUUUGAUGUGGGAAGAUGGAUAUUUUGACACAAUGAAAGUUCAAGAUUCCAUGGAAGACUUAUUUGCUGAGACAAUGUUCAGAAACAUAGAAGAAACAUCUUCACAUAACACAUAUAAUGGAUCUUCAGGUGGAGAUGCAGUUGAAACAGCAGUUGCUUACAUGUCAACCUUUCAGUAUGCAUUAGGUGAAGGGGUUGUUGGUGAUGUAGCAUAUACAGGGAACUCUCACUGGAUUUAUGCAAACACUCCAGUUCCUGAGCAUCCAGAUGAAUGGUUAUUUCAGUUUGCUGCAGGUGUCAAGACUAUUUUACUUUUGCCUGUUACUCCACAUGGAGUUCUACAACUCGGGUCAUUACAACACCUUCCUGAGGAUGCACAAAUGUCCAACUAUAUCAAAAACGAAUUUUUCACACAUCAAGAUUUCAUGAGUUAUUCUGAUACCUUUUCAACAAACCAACAAUUUCCAUUUCCAUCUCAAUCAUCAUCAUCAUUCAUGAUGCAAAGCUUCAAUGAGUUCCCAUCAUUCAUGGAGAACAACAACAAGAGUUCUGACGAAGUCAACUGGUCAAACCACAAUGGACCUAUAAUCAGUGAUGUGGGCCCGUUCUUAAGCUUCCCUAAAGAAUGUGAGCUGCAUAAAGCUCUCGGGCCCGCUUUCAUGGGGCCCACGGAUGAUUCUUUCCAGAAUCUUUCCAUUGGUGAUGAUAGUAAAAGUGAAAGUAAAAGUAAAAGUAAAACCAAUGGAAUGGUUUUUUACAAUGAGAAUGUGGAAAGUCUUUUGGGAAAUAUGAAUCCUUGUAUCCAAACGAGUGGUGAAAGUUCACUUAGUAAUUCAUUUGGCCAAUUUACUUCUUUGACAAAAAGAAAAAAUAUAAAUGAAAACGAAAAUGGUGGAUUUGAGGGAGAGAGUUCAGUAUUUAUUAAUGACCAUUUAGUCCCCGGGGUUUUGAGCAGGGUGACAAGUCAUAAUGAUAGUUGUUCACCUUCUGCUAUUUCAUAUGAGGGUGUAGGUGAUGUAGUGAAAGAGGAAGAAGAGCAAAAGAGUAAAGGGGCAAAACCGUCAAUUGCCAAUAAAAAAAGGGGGAAACCGGGUUCUAAACAGAAAGCUAGACCUCGAGACAGACAAUUGAUUCAGGAUCGGCUCAAGGACUUGCGGGAACUUGUUCCAGAUGGAGCAAAGUGUAGCAUUGAUGGUCUGUUGGAUAGAACAGUAAAACACAUGCUCUUUUUAAAAAGUGUUGGUGAUCGUGCUAGCAAGUUGAGGCAGUGUGUUCAACCAGAGGGUGAGGGAAGCAUUCAGACAAAUGAUAUAACAUCUGAAGAAAAAGGUGGUAAAAAUGGGGCAAGUUGGGCAUUUGAAUUGGGAGGUGAUCUGAAAGUAUGCCCAAUAAUUGUUGAAGAUCUUCAAUACCCUGGUCACAUGAUUAUAGAGAUGAUAUGUGAUGAGAGUAGUCGAUUCCUUGAGAUUGCUGAGGUGAUACAUGGCCUGGACCUCACAAUUUUAAACGGCGGGACUCAGAGGCGUUCGGACAACACGUGGGCCCGCUACAUUGUUGAGGCUCCAAGGGGAUUUCACAGAUUGGAUAUUUUUUGGCCAUUGAUGAAGCUUCUGCAACAGCAACAACAUAGUCCGAUAUCUAGCAAAAUUUGAUGUCAUCCGCAUUCCCAAUUAUGAUUUUGUGUUUUGUAUUGGUAAUUAUAAACAGGUACUUGACUGUUGAUUUGAUUUCUAGUAUAAAACCUAGUGGCAUCGUAGAGAUGCACAUGACUGAGCCUUCUGACAACCUGUAACGUUAGUUCUUGUGAAGGUAGAGAGGUUCACAUCAUGGGGAGUGAUGUUAUGUAGAAAAUGAUUAUAUGAUAUUAGAUAAUUAAUUGUAAUAAAUAAUGCUUGAAUGUUUUUUUUUUGUUGUUUGAAUAUGAUACACUCAUAAGAAAGGUCUUGGAUACAAA